AAGACAUGAAAACUUGUGACAAAUUGAUUCAUUUCAUUUUAGUAAAGGUCACAUGAUUUGAGAUCUAACAUAGUAUAAGAGUAUCAUUCAACAGAAAGGAAAACAAAACUUUGAGCCAAGGCUCCAAAACUCUAAUCUCUACGAAACAGAUAAAGGACUGUGAGAAUCAAUCAUUGUUUUCGAUUGAACCAAACUCUGAAUCUUGAGUUUUGCUUCUGCCAUAUUUUUCUUCUCAAGCUCAUCUACCAACAUUUUGCAAGUGCUAUCUCUAGGAACCAUUCCUUUUCGUACUGCUUCCUCAAAGAACAAGCAAGCUUCUUCAACUUUCCCGCUCAUACAUAACCCUCUAAUGAGAAGAAUAUAUGUCGAAACAUCGAUACUAACAUCGUUUUUCACCAUGUGAUGCAAUAAUAUUCCAAGUAGCUUCAUUUUCUUCUUAUGGCAACACAUCUUCAACAAUGGAGCAUAAGUCUCAACGUUUGGACUACAUGAUUCCCCCUCCUCAUCCUCCAUCCUUUUAAGCAAACGUAGAGCCAUCUCAUCUCGUGAGUGAUGAAGCGCAGCGGAAAUCAUGGUAUUGUAGACUAAAACAUCACGACGAACUCCUUGAUUCGUCAUGUCCUCAAAUAUCUCAGCUGCAUCCUUAAACCUACCAGUCUUCGACAAAAUAUGUAUCAAUGAGCUAUAAAACUUAGCAUCAGGAACACAACCAUCUUCUUUCAUCUUCUCAUACACUCCUAAAGCUUCAGCUACUUGUUUAGAUUUACCCAAAGAAUGCAUCACAAUAGUAUAAGUCACAACAUUAGGAUUACACCCAUUCUCUCGCAUCUCUUCCAACAUUUCAUUAACCCUCCUAAAAUCCCCUUCCUUGCAAUAAGCUUCCACAAAGCUAGUGUAAGUAACAACAUCAGGAGUGAACUCAGUAACCUUCAUCAAAUCCAUCAUCGCUCUAGCAUCAUCAAAUUUCCGAGCUUUACAAAAACCGUGAAUCAAAAUGUUGAAUGUCCGCGCAUCCGGCUUGAUUGUAUCGAAAAGCUUCAGAAAAACUUCAUGAGCAUGCUCUAUACUAUUCUCUUUCACAAGUGCAUCCAUCAAACUGUUCAUAGCAAUAGUAUCUGUUUUCACACCAUAACUCUUCUCCAUCUCUAAAAAAGCAUCAACAGCUUUAUUAUAUUUCCCUGACUUGGCCAAUCUCCUCAUAACCUUACUCAUCGUAUCAAGCGUAACAAGCUUAGAUUCUUCAUUCUUGUUCAUCUCAUUGACUAAUUCCCACAUCAAAUCAAAAUUCCUACAUUUCCCCAACACAUCAACCAUUGCAUUAUAAGUAUGACCUGAAUGCACAUAACCUGUUUGUGAAUUUGCCCAAAUGAAAAACCCGUAAGCUUGAUUCCAACCAUUACUAAACCUUCUUAGAACUUGCAAAACCAAACUCUCUGUAACCACCACAUCGCAUUUACUCAACUCUUUAACAACAUCCUCAUGAGACGUGUCCUUCUUAUUCAAAAAGUCGCAAACUUUAUCAAUAUCUUCCACUGGUUUCUUCACUACAUUUCCCUCUGAGACUUGUUGACGACUAAACUUCUGGCUCUCGACCCAAUUCGCCAAAGAAGGGAUAACAAAAUCUUCAUCAUCUUUGGAAACCGAACUCGAUGAAGAAGAAGGCUUGUUUGAUAGAAAGUCUUUAAUCCAAGACGGUAGCUCCGGUGACUCUGCGGCAACAAUCGGCGACUCCUCUGCAGUGUUAUUCGUUACCAGAAACCUCCGUUGGAAGAUUCUCCGAGGUAAAGUAUACGAAACAAGCUUACUAAUCCUAAGCUUAGUGAGCAUUUUGUUCCGUUUGAAUCUAAACGCAGACUUCUCUCCUGUUUUUCCGAUCAAAGUUCGAAUCUUUUAGACCUAAAGCUUGCUGCUUUGUGCCGGGUCGGGUCGGUUCGUUAAUUGGUACAACCCCGGUUCGAUUUAAUUUAAUUUAGCGUUUAGAUUUUUGGUUUACCCCACAUCUGACAAGUGACGAUUUUUACUGACACGUGUACAAGUCAUUCUCUUCGUCUUCUUCCUCUAAAAACCCUAAUUUUAAGGAACCUCGUGUGGUCAUCGUCUUCGUACCUUUCUGCUUUCUACGCCGUCAAAAUCUAACUGCUCGACAGUGACCAUGCAAAGCUCAAUGACAAUGGAACUACGACCAUCAGGUGAUUCCGGUUCAUCUGACGUCGAUGCUGAGAUCAGCGAUGGCUUUUCACCGCUCGAUACUUCUCACAGAGACGUCGCUGAUGAAGGUUCGUUGCUGAGAAGAGCAGAGAUGUAUCAAGACUACAUGAAGCAAGUACCAAUCCCGACGAAUCGUGGCUCGUUGAUUCCGUUCACAAGCUGGGUUGGAUUAAGCAUUUCAAUGAAACAGCUUUAUGGUCAGCCUCUACAUUACCUCACGAAUGUUCUCUUACAACGAUGGGAUCAAUCACGAUUCGGUACUGAUUCUGAAGAACAGAGGUUGGAUUCUAUCAUUCAUCCUACUAAAGCUGAAGCUACUAUCUGGCUUGUUGAAGAGAUUCAUCGACUCACUCCUUCUCAUCUUCACAUGGCUCUUCUUUGGAGAUCUGAUCCUAUGUAUCACUCUUUCAUUGACCCAAUCUUUCCUGAGAAAUGAACAAGUUCUUGAAUUGUGAUGAACCAUCCUUUUUUGUAUCUACUUUUGCUUUUAGAAACCUUGUUCAAGCAUUGAAGCUUAUAUGUAUAAUUGCAGGGUCUUAUUCAAUAAAAUGUGAAUCUUCCUUUCCAUCU